CUGAUGAAAAUGGGAAAGAUUCAGCAAUGCUCAUGGAGUCUUCAGACUGUCAUAAAAGUUCAAGCUCAAAUGCAUUUAGUCUGAUGAUCGCAAACUCUGAACACAAUCAGUCUAGCAGCGGAUGCAGGAUUCAAGCUUCAAGUCUGUAAGGACAGACCAACAUCAGCUGCAGGAAUACCUCUAUAUGAACUCUGCUUCUGACCCUGAUAGCCUUGAGAAACCUGAUGGCAUUGAAGGCUCAAAUUUGGACACUUCUGAGUGCCCUACUGUACUUGCUUAUUUUUUUUAAUGAAGUCAGCCUCUGAUCAGGACACCAGAACCUGAUCCUAGGCAGAUCAAGGAAUUUCUAGCUCUAGCAUGCUGAUGUUAAGAUCCCUAUCUACAUGUACCUGCCUGAAAGUGUUUCUACCUGAUGCAGAUCCUAAAGAAGUGGUAAAUUAAAAUCACACCUUUGCACCAUUUGGUGCAUGAUGAACAUACUGUCUGCCUUGCAGACACCAGAAGAGCUUGUUCCCUGCUGUAUCUUCAAGUGGAAAUUGUUCUGGAGUUCACUUUUUGCUCAAUAUCAAGGACAGAGUGAACCAAAAGCAUUUCUUAAUCAUCCUUUCCCACUGACUCAGUUUUCUUUACUGCAGGAUGUUGGAGGGCUACUUAUCUCAGUUUGAUAACCUUUUUUUUAAACCUUUAUUAAUAGCUCCCUGCUCAGAAAUAAAUGUGAAUCCAGAUUGUACAGUAUUUCCCCAGCUGUCAGGCACAGUACUGUACAGAGCAGAAUUUGAUCAUCUUCUGGGAACGGGAGGCUCAUGACCUCAGUUGACUGAGGAUACCUAGAGAAUGGUCUUGAAAGGGAUGACUAAAUUAGGAUGAAAACUUUAGGGUUAGUCUUUGAUUCAAAGACUACUAGGCUUUGGAUUCAGUGUUGGCACCACUCAACUACCUUUUCCUGUCCACAUAAAGCAAAAUGGAAAGCUCUUAUUUUUGUGUAAUUCACUGAUUCUUUACCCUGCAAGCCAAGCCUUUUCUGUGGCUUUCUACUGUGCCUAAUCCUGUGUAUCUUCAGGAAAAAAAAAUAUAUAUAUAACUGAUUUUUUCCAAGGAGGCCAGUCUUCUGUAUUUGUGGCUACUAUAGGCUAACUUGGAAAAGUUUAUUUUCUUGCAAAAUAUUCUGACCACGUUGAUUGAAGCAUGCCCAAAAGCUACGAAAACCACACUAUGCUCUGUUAUUUUGCCUUCUUUCCCUUUCUCUUCCUCCCUGCUCCCAGUGUAGUGUUCUUCUGUUAACAAGACACUGAUUGCAUCAGUUGAAACUGUCAAGCCACACUGAUUUUAGUGUACAGGGUGAACGUGAGGUUUCCCAAGGGAGUACUAUGUUAUUUUCUCUUUUCCCUUGCCUUUAUUUCUCAAUAUAAAAUGGCCAAUGAUUCAGUGAAUGAUAUGUUUAUCAUAGUGAGUUAUGAUGUAAACAAGAACUAUGACUACAUAUUCUAGUACAAGCCAGCUUUGUUGCUUUCUAAGCAUUUUGGGUGAAAUAUACCCAACACCUGUCAGAUGAGUUGCUCUCCCUGAAGAACUUUUCAAAAUUCUCAGAAAAAUAUUCAGAAAUCCCCUUGAAAAAGUUACUUGGAGGCUGAAGCCACUUUAUUGAGCACUUCGUAUAGGGCAGCACAGUUGUCAAGGUCAUUGUUUCUGCAGGGGUCCUUAGGGUAACCUUGUGGAGAGUAACAGCCAAGAAAAUUGUGUAGUAAUACAAAAACUUCCUUUUGAUAGGAAAGAAUUGCUUUUUAGGAAGAUUGAAGGACAGGUCUCGAAUCCUCUAGAUUGUUGUGACUGAUUCACUGCUUCCUACCCACCUGACCCACCCAUCUUUUGUCAUCUUUCCUGUCCUUUCUCCCCCCUCCUUUUCCUUUUUGACUUUUGUCAGCAUUUUUAAUUGAUGAGGAGAUCAAGAACUGCAAAGGAAGGCAGUUUUCUGACAUUAGCACUGAUUAUCACUGUAGUUUGACCUUCUGCACUGAGACAAUACUUCUGAGCAUGCACUUAAGAAAUGUGAAUACAAUUUCUGUCUCCAGCUGCCUCCUGAUUCUUCACCUUUCAUAUUUAGUCAAGUUUCUUUAUCUUACUUAAUGUAUUGCCAUGCUUAACUGGAAUACAUUUUUUCCAACCAUUUCUCCAUUUGUUUUGUUAACUUGAUGCUCUCCCACUGCCAUUCCCUUUUCAGGGACCUUUCCUAUGAGAACCUGCUCGAACAGGAGUAGCGAGCAGUCCACUAAAGCCAAAACACAAAAGGAGUUGUUGAAAACUUUACAAGAGCUGAAAGCUCACCUUCCUUCUGAAAAGCGAAUUAAAGGCAAAUCUAGUAUCCUAACAACGUUGAAAUAUGCCCUUAAAAGCAUUAAGCAAGUUAAAGCCAAUGAGGAGUAUUACCAAUUGUUGAUGAUUAAUGAAUCCCAGCCUUCUGGACUCAACGUGUCAUCUUACACAGUGGAAGAAGUUGAAACUAUAACCUCAGAAUACAUCAUGAAAAAUGCAGAUAUGUUUGCUGUAGCUGUUUCUUUAAUUACUGGGAAAAUUGUCUACAUCUCUGAUCAAGCUGCUUCAAUUCUUCGCUGUAAGAGAAGUUAUUUUAAAAAUGCCAAAUUUGUGGAGUUCCUGGCACCUCAGGAUGUCAGUGUUUUCUAUACUUCUACUACCCCAUACAGAUUGCCAUCUUGGAAUAUUUGCAAUAGAGCUGAGUCUUCCACCCAGGAUUGCAUGGAAGAGAAAUCUUUUUUCUGUCGCAUCAGUGCAGGGAAGGAGCGUGAAAACGAGAUCUGCUAUCACCCGUUUCGGAUGACUCCUUACCUUAUCAAAGUACAAGAUCCGGAAGUAGCAGAAGACCAGCUUUGCUGUGUGUUGCUUGCAGAAAAAGUGCAUUCUGGUUACGAAGCACCCAGAAUUCCUCCUGACAAAAGAAUUUUUACAACUACACACACACCAACCUGUUUGUUCCAGGAUGUAGACGAGAGAGCGGUACCUCUAUUGGGAUACCUACCUCAGGACCUAAUAGGAACACCAGUCUUGGUGCAUCUUCACCCAAAUGACCGACCCUUAAUGCUAGCAAUUCACAAGAAAAUUCUUCAGUAUGGAGGACAGCCUUUUGACUAUUCACCAAUCAGGUUUUGCACAAGAAAUGGAGAUUAUAUAACCAUGGACACUAGCUGGUCCAGUUUCAUCAAUCCUUGGAGUCGAAAAGUGUCAUUUAUCAUUGGAAGACACAAAGUUAGGACGGGUCCCUUAAAUGAAGAUGUCUUUGCAGCUCCCAACUAUACAGAGGACAGAAUCCUUCACCCUAGUGUUCAGGAAAUCACAGAGCAAAUAUAUCGGCUGCUAUUGCAGCCUGUACACAACAGCGGAUCCAGUGGCUAUGGAAGUCUAGGCAGCAAUGGCUCACAUGAGCACUUAAUGAGUGUGGCAUCCUCCAGUGACAGCACAGGAAAUAAUAAUGAAGACACUCAAAAGGAUAAAACAAUUGGUCAAGAUGCCCGGAAGGUCAAAAAUAAAGGACAACGUAUUUUCACUGACAAUAAAACAAAACUGGAACAUAAGAGAGAGCCUUUUGCAGAAAAACAAAGUGGUCCUGGUGGUCAGGUGAAAGAUGCGAUAGGAAAGGAUACUACAGUCACAGCUGCUCCUAAGAAUGUGGCUACUGAAGAAUUGGCUUGGAAAGAACAACCUGUGUAUUCUUAUCAACAGAUCAGCUGUUUGGACAGUGUCAUCAGAUACUUGGAGAGUUGUAAUGUGCCUGGUACAGCAAAACGAAAAUGUGAACCUUCAAGUGUGAAUUCUGGUGUUCAUGAACAAAAAGCAGCUGUUAAUGCUAUACAACCCUUGGGAGGGCCUACUGUAUUGAAGGCAUCUGGCAAAUCAAGUAGUCCCCCAGUAGUUGGUGCUCACUUAACUUCUUUGGCUUUACCUGGCAAGCCUGAAAGCGUUGUAUCACUCACAAGUCAGUGCAGCUACAGUAGCACCAUUGUUCAUGUUGGAGACAAAAAAACACAACCUGAAUUAGAAAUGAUAGAAGAUGGUCCAAGUGGAGCAGAACUCUUAGAUAGCCAACUUAUUGCACCUCCAUCCAGCUCUGCGCAUGUAAAUCAGGAAAAGGAGUCAUUUAAAAAACUGGGACUUACAAAGGAAGUCCUUGCAGUGCAUACACAGAAAGAAGAGCAAAGCUUUUUGAAUAAGUUCAAAGAAGUAAAGAGAUUUAAUAUUUUUCAGUCCCACUGCAAUUACUACUUACAAGAUAAACCCAAAGGACGGCCUGCUGAACGUGGUGGCCGUGGACAAAGAAAUGGCACUUCUGGAAUGGAUCAGCCUUGGAAGAAAAGUGGAAAAAACAGGAAGUCAAAACGCAUUAAACCACAGGAAUCUUCAGACAGUACAACUUCUGGAACUAAAUUUCCCCAUCGGUUUCCUCUUCAAGGCUUAAAUACUACUGCUUGGUCACCAUCAGACACUUCACAAGCAAGCUAUUCAGCGAUGUCUUUCCCCACCGUUAUGCCUGCAUAUCCCCUUCCUGUUUUUCCAGCAGGAGGGACUGUGCCACCAGCUCCUGAGACUUCACUCUCUGGUUUUAAUCAGUUGCCAGACUCUGGAAAUACUUGCCCUAUGCAACCAUCCCAGUUCUCUGCCCCCCUCAUGACACCUGUCGUAGCUCUUGUGCUCCCCAACUACGUCUACCCAGAGAUGAACAGUAGCUUACCUCAAACGCUUUACCAUAGCCAAGCCAACUUUCCUACCCCAUCUCCUUUCUCUUCACAGACAGUAUUUCCAGCACAGACACCAUUCAGUACUCCCAGCCCUUUCCCGCAACAGGCGUUUUUCCCAACACAACCAUUCCAUUAUAAUGCACCAGCAGAAAGUGAAAAGGUUCCUGCCCCAGAGACAAGAAAUGAGCCAUCACGUUCGUGCACCCCACAGUCAGUGGGUGCUCAAGACCAGGCUUCACCACCUUUAUUCCAGUCAAGGUGUAGUUCUCCUCUGAAUCUUCUGCAAUUAGAGGAAACCACAAAAACUGUGGAAAGUGCUCCUGCGGGUUUGCAUGGAGCUUUAAAUGAGGAAGGAGCCGUAGGCAGCAAAAUCGUGACAGCUGAUGACUGCAGUGGAAAGGGAUCCCUACCCGCUGAAUCUCCAAUGGAUGCUCAAAAUAGUGAUGCACUCUCCAUGUCCAGUGUCCUGCUUGACAUUUUACUUCAAGAAGAUGCAUGUUCAGGCACUGGCUCAGCUUCGUCAGGGAGUGGAGUAUCUGCAGCUGCUGAAUCGCUAGGAUCUGGUUCUAAUGGCUGUGACAUGUCAGGGAGCAGAACAGGUAGUAGUGAAACUAGUCAUACCAGCAAAUACUUCGGGAGUAUUGACUCUUCAGAAAAUCAUCAUAAAACAAAAAUGAAGGCAGAAAUGGAAGAAAGUGAGCACUUCAUUAAGUAUGUCCUUCAGGAUCCUAUAUGGCUUUUGAUGGCAAACACAGAUGACACUGUUAUGAUGACUUACCAGAUACCUUCUCGAGAUUUGGAAACAGUUUUAAAAGAAGAUAAGCAGAAAUUAAAGCAAAUGCAGAAACUACAGCCAAAAUUUACAGAAGAACAGAAAAGAGAGCUCAUUGAAGUUCAUCCAUGGAUCCAACAAGGUGGACUGCCAAAAACUGUUGCUAAUUCUGAAUGUAUUUUUUGUGAGGACAAUAUACAGAGCAAUUUUUAUACAUCAUAUGAUGAAGAAAUCCACGAAAUGGACCUUAAUGAAAUGAUUGAAGACAGUGGGGAAAACAACUUGGUUUCUCUGAGUCAAGUCAGUGAAGAACAAACAUAGCCUUUGAGCCUGUUGCUUUUAAAGCUGCUUCAAAAUUAUGGUGAUGAUCCGUAAAAGUUUUAAUCUUGUUUCCAGCAAGAUGAAUCUGGUUCAUAAAACAAAUGUGUUUUUCUUGCUCUAAGAGUCAUUUGUGGAAGAAUCUCUUUUUAAAUGGUGGCAAUCUCUUCCCAGUAAGGACAUUGUUGAAGAUGGUAUAGCUUUUCUUUAAAAAAGAGACUCAUAUUUUGCACUUAUAUGCCUCGAGUAUUUCUUUAUAAACUAUAAAAGCUUUCAUUGAUGCCUACUGAGUGGGUCAAUGAGUACUGAAAACCCCUUUGCGAACAUACAGUUCUUCAGAUCUCCUUUGGGUAAUGAUUCAGCAUUAUGUAUUGUUCUAGGCAUUUUCCUUAGUGGCUCUUCAGCAUUGCUCUUAAUAUCUGAAGUGGUCCAGCAUAUUAGAAGAAAUAACCUUCCAGAAAAUCAGUUUACACUUUUCCUUCUCGUACCAGUUGAUUAAUCUUCUUUGUUUCCUGUAGUUCUGACUAUAGGAACGCUUUUUGUCUCAGAGGAAUAUUAAACUAAUUUUGUAAAGUGAUCUUUGGUUAAAAUAUUUACAUGGAUGUGUAAGAAAGUAUAGGUGAGUGCUGACUACUCUGUAGCCUUUUGUUAAAUGGACACUGAGAUCCUAUGAACUGAUUAUUAUCCUGAAGCAUCAUUUCUGAGAAUUUAUACAUGGGAAAUCUUUAAGCAUAAAGAUGUAAAAACUGAGACCACAUAGGUUAACUGCCUAUGCUCCUGUGAGUGUUAGACAAAACUUGGCAUAACUUUUACCUUUUCUUUUUGAUUUGUUCCAUCAGGAGAUUGGCCAUUGCUUUUUUUUUUCUGUUUGGGUAAACAAACAUGCGGCAAGGAAGGAUUAGACAUUUUCAUAAUUGGAAGAUAGUUCUUAUAAAAAGAUUGAGAAUACCAUUGACUUUAAUUAUAUUUGAAUUACAUAAUCUAAAACUUGGUGUGGCUGGAAUCCUUUGCUGUCAAGGAUUUAAUUUUAAUGCCUCUGAGAUUGUAUCAACUGGAAUAUAUGUGCUUUAUGUUCUUGCACUGUUUGUACAUGUUAGAUGUGGGAAGAGAACAAAAAGUAACUUAAUAUUGGUUAGUUAAAGGACAUUUAGUUGCACCACUGCUAGAUGUCAGCUUGUAGGUCUUGGAGGUGAAAAGUAUGGAGAAAUUCAUUAACUUUUGAUACGUUUGUCUUAAAAUAUUUUUCAUGGAAUGUGUUUCAUAUUUUUUGUUGUAAUUAGCAUAGCAUUUCACCAAAAUUUAAGGUUGCUUUCAUUCUAUAAAAAUAGUCCUCUUUGUAUGUAUAAGAAGUGGACGUGAAGGUUGAUCUGACAUCACCAAAAACAAGCAGAAGCAACUGGUAUUUGCUUAGUGGAAGAAAUGUGUAAAGGAAUUGGUUAUUAUUUGGACCGUGUCAUAAAGAAAUUUUCAAAGGAGGCAGGUUCUUCAGUUAGCAAAGUGUGAACUUGUGAAACAAGUAGAAUUACAACUUAAAGUAAGUAUCUUAAAUACAGUGUGAAACACUACUCAGUAUGAUUUGAUUCCUGUCUUUAAUAGUUCAGCAAGGUCAAACUACUAUUUGUAAAUAUAAACUGAAUGAGAAACUUUGAAAAAUGUUGUAGUUCAAGUCCAUUGUAUUAAAUGUUUUAAUCAUAAAUGGAACAGUGCAGCUAUACCAGCAUAUUACAUAUUCCUUUUUUUGUUACAAGUAAACACAAUUUUAAUUGGACCAGGGUUUGGGAAAAAUAAAAGCUUUAUAUAAAGGAGCACAUCAUAAUUAAAUUAUUUUCAGGGACUUCUCAACCACUUUGUGAACUUUGCUUUAGCAUGCUUUUUUUUCUGGUUGUGUUUUUUGUUGUUUUUUGUUACUUUUUUGUUCUCAUUUCUUUUUGUCAAUGACCAUCUUGUAACCAUAACUUAGUGAAAGGAAGAGAAAAGUAUAUUUAGAGCAUUUUGUGGAUGUGCUUACUUACGGACUUAAUCUUGCAUCCUUAAAGUGUUUGCAUUUACAGGGUGGUAUUAAAUAUUUUCCUGUAACUUUAAAUCUACAUGCCUCCAUUUAUAGAUAAGAUUCUGAAACUGUAAUUUUUCCAAACUGUUGUAAGAUGAUUUACUUGUGAUGACACUUUGUCAACAUGUCAACAAUGUUUUCUGUACACUGUGCAAUAUAUUUUGGUUUUGCCACUUGUGACUAAUUUUUAUGACUUUGCUUUUUAGAAAACUGGUAAAUAAAACAGAUAUAUUUUUA